AUGGCUUUCAGAUUUCCAGAUCCUCGACUUCGAGUCGACGAUGAACUCUCGACAGGCACCACCGCCAAGGGGUCUGUCGCCCGUACAGCGACCACCUCCAACUCCAGCGCAACGCGAGAAAGUCCGCCAAACGGUAUCCCUCCGUUAGAAGUUUCCGCAUACAAUGAAGCUGCAGAUUCUCAACAUGUACCCUCGCCGAGGCGCAAAAAUCUUGUCUUUGCCGACCCUUUCGCCUUUCGGUAUCUCGAAGAAGGCAGCAAUGUUGUCGUUGUCGAGCGCCGAGGCAUUUUACACGGAUACGAAUCUUACCUAGUUGAACAAUGGGCGUGUUCUCGAAAACCACCAACACUCCUGAUCGUCACUUACACUGGAGACGAAAAACACUCGGUCGUUGUCGGUGUGCUCUCUGUUCCAAUAGACGAGAGUCUUUGGCCUCCAAGGCUACGCUUCUACUUUGAUCAACUCCAGGAUUCACAUGCGCGGCCCAAGGAGACUGAACUUGGAGAGCUUAUGGUUACUAAUCUGAGUAAUUUCCCUUCGGCCCUCACCGUUAUUAUGGUACCUGAGGGUGAUAUCCGAAAAUAUCGCUCCUCUUUCAUCGUCAAUGAGGAUUUGAAACGAUUAGGAUGUUCUGGGCGAUCAGGAAUGACUCUGUCAGAUCCAACUGAAGCAACGCAGCUCAAGUUCCUGCAGCUUUACAGGACGAGCGAUCGAGUACCUGUUCCGCAAGCUGUAGUCGAACUUAUCAAGCUUUGUCAAGUCACAUUAUACAUGUUUGACAAGCUGGGGCACCAGUACAUUGAUGGGCUGCUUUGCGACAAAACAGAAAUGGCUAUCAACAACUGGUGGAUCGAAAUUGGUGCUGAACACUAUAAUUUUGAGCCCACCGAUGGCAUAUUAGGCCCCAGUACGGUGGCGGCAUUACUAGGCAUGUUCAUGGGUGCUCGAAAUCGUCUCCAUUGGUACGGGGCCCCGGUAUCAAAGGAUGUAUUUGACCUCGAAAACACUAAGCGUGGUAUCGGCCACUUCCAAAAAUCACAAAAGCUCGAGAAGACGAGACGGCUGGACCGUCAAACUCUUCUCAAGCUCUACACUGUGACUGCCAAGGCGGCUGCUGGAGAAAGUUGGGGUGUACAGAGGGCUGUGAAAUCAACGCUGACAGAAGUCGGAGGUAAAAGGGGGGAGCUUGUAAUGGGUAUGGUGUCAGGAAAAGACAAAGGAGGACUAGCUGAUAUUGAGACUCUCGACAUUGGCACUUUUGCUAGCUUAGCAUAUGGUGAACGGGCCAAAUGGCUCUGGCAUGGCAAGCCUCGGAGAAGCGUCGCUGAGCUACCACAUCACAGUCCAGAAUUGAGCAGCGCGGUACCUUGGAAAGAGGAGGAAGCAAAUCCAAACCCGAAACGAGUAUAUUCAGCGCCUGCUGAGAACGAACUGGAUGAGACUCUUGAUGUUUACUCGGGCCACCCACCUGGAUCCGCCGUUAGUGUCGCUGAUGGAUCAGGUGAUAAGGAGGCUUCACGAAAGAACAUUUUCAAAGGUGUCGCUGGAAAGAUGAAUGACGCUAGGUCUGGUUUUGGACGUAUCAAGGAUGUCGUUGGGGGAGGCUUACGUGGACACACCAGUCGACCUUCGGUUUCAACAAGAGAUGACUUUACAGAAUCGGGCCCCAGAAGCUCAAGCCAGUGGCUCACUCCAGGAACAACACAACCGCCAGCGCCGACGCAAGGAGUGGGCAGAGCCUUCACAUGGAACAACAAACCGCAGGAGUAUCUGGCCGCGAUGAAACGAGCAGAUGCGGAGGGGGGGCCUGGUUUCCCACAGCUUUCGCACUUUGCGUCCACCUCGACAGUUGACAUUAAGCAUCCGGCCUCGGCUCCCGUGGAAACUCAAAAGCGUGAGCAGGAUGGGGAGUUAUUUGAUAUUGGGGUCGAAGUGCGUAAGGAUGUAUUGUCCAAAGCACCCUCCGCCGUUGGAUCUCUUGUUGAUGAGCAUGACCUACAAGGGCCUGUUCUGGAUGCAGAACUCAACGAUGGUCUAUCCAAAAGGGGCCUCUCGCGACGACACAGUAUUCAGUUAUCACAGUGUCCGAACAUGACCGUUCUCAACGAAAAUCGCUGGCCACGACGAAUGUCAUUUGGCGAUGCUGAAGAGGCAGUAUUGGAGUGGGAACCGCUCAUCGACGUGGCAGAUGCAGCGGAUGGCCUUGCCAAUAUUGAAGCAUUCAAUGACCUAGCUCAGCAUUUUAAUCAGUGCUUGGAGGAAAUGAAACACCGCAUCGAGCCAUGGGUCAAAGAGAAGAUCAGUGCAGUUGAGGCUCUCGAUGAACGCUACGCGAAAGACAAGGAUGAAAUGCAUGCACUCUACUACCAGCUGAACGAGGCAUGCCAGCGCAUGCGUAUAACUUCUCAUGAACUCCUUGCUGAGGAGCGGUCUCACCUCUUGGAAGGCCUUAAGGAGGUUGAGGCGCUCGUGGCUCGUCUCGAUUAUGAAAUAAAUGCUCUGUUACAAAAGGUGGUCGAUGUGGAAGACGGUAUUGUUACUUUUGAGAGGCAAGUGGAGGACAUGGAGAAGAGAGCUGAGGCUUUGAAGGCCGAACUCGAAACCGAAGGGUGGCUUCACUGGAUGUUCAGAACUGUCACAGGAAUCGGGACGGGUCCAGAUAUCACAAGGUCGCCGUCUUAA